AUUUCAGUGUAGUUGUCCGAGAAGGUUUAGGUUUGAUAACAUUUAGGCAGACAUGUAAUAGUAGGCUACGUUAAGUUUGCUAACGUUAACGUUAGUUAAACAUAGGCUAACUGUUGAUUCUUUGGUUCACUGUUUGUUUUGUAACGUUAUACCUAACAUGGCUUAACUGCGUGAAAGUAUUCAGAUUAAAAGCCCGAGCAAUUUUAGCAUUAAGAAACCAGAGAACAUUAGCCACCACCAUUUGAAGUUCUAAUAGCCUACCGUUAGCUUCUCAGAGACUUGGGAAGAUACCAGCAAAAUAUCGGAUCAUUCUUGAAAGGGAUAAACUAAUAUAAAUAUCAAUAAGGAGAAACGCAGCGAAGCGAUAUAAUGCGCUACCUGUAAUUGCAUGGUCUUGCCUUGUCUAGAGUUUGAAACGUAUGAACCAUCAUCAUAUGGCUGCAGUGUCACCUUUGACCUGUGCAUACUGAAUAGGCUGCUUUGUUUACGUAGUAAACAAAAUUACGCAAAACAAUUUGCGUGCUAGUUCUAAGCAGACAUGUUACGAUCGUACUAGAAGGGCAACUCUCAUACACGCAAUUCUGCUGACCUUCAUAAUGCAUAUCAAAUGAAGAAAACGUGUGGCAUGUAAACAAAAGCCGUGGGGAAGAUGGAAUAUCAGCAGCCUAAGAGAAGGCGCCGCCCCAGAUUCACAGAUGACGAGCUUUUUGCCCUGGUGUCUGCUGUGUCUGAAAAUCAAGAUGUUUUGUUUGGGAACCUUCAUUUGGACAUUGGCCGUCAAGCCGUUGGCCGUUUGAAGACUAAUGCUUGGCAGAACGUGACCGAUGCGGUCAACAGUAUCAGCGAAGUGCAGCGGAGCGCAUUCGAAGUUAGGACAAAGUACAAGUACUUCAAGUAUGAUGUGACCAAAAAAGCUACCAAUGAGAGGAGCCACCAAGAAGGAACAGAUGGAUGCCUGUCUAAGAAGAUUUGCUACACCCCUGCUGAGAAGGCCUUGCGGAGUCUCCUAGAGGUGCACUCACUAUUGGGGGCCCCUGAGGGGCCUUUUAUAAAUGACGUGAUGACACUGGUUGUGGAAGAUGAUUCACAUUCGCCAGAGCCGGCGAAACCACUGGAGUUGCCUUCUUUCUCUGCUCCUGCGGUAGGGCUCCCGGCGAAACCACUGGAGCCGGCGAAACCAUUGGAGUUGCCUUCUUUCUCUGCUGCUGCAGUAGGGCUCCCAGCCGAAGAGCCAGAACCGCCAACAGUCACUACGGCAACAUCUACAUCACAAGCACCAACAACGAAUCAUCGAUUUUCAAGGCGACGGAGACCAAGGCGGAGCCUUAACCAGCACCAAAGGCAGCGUCCUGGCCGUCAGAGAACGAUGAAGGAAAUGCUUGUGGUUCAAACACAAAUAAGAGAUUUGCUGCAGGAUAUGAACAACACCAUAGCCACUGGAUUCAGAGAUAUAGCAGCGGCUAUCAGAUCUGUGGCAGACAGAAACAGUCCUCCUACAUGAGUUAGAGGUGGAGCCCUCGACUUGGUUUUGGAGGGCUGGCGUAUGUGAUCAAACAUCAUAUUUUGUAAACAGAAUUUUUGGAGUAACCAUCAGAAAUGAUUAGCAUCUCAAUAACCGCACUUUCACUCUCUUAUGUCGUUUUGUAUAUUUCCUUUUCAUGCAUGUAAUCCUGUUAUCCUGUCCUAUAAUAUCUAUGCCACAUGCCCCGUGACACAAGCACCAUUCUCCUCCAUUCAUUCAUCCGUCGGUCAGCCCACACUACACCGUAUCCAUAAGGUAUCAGUGAACAUUUAUCUCAAUAUAGGUGCUAUAGGCAUCCCAAGACUAUUUGUAAAGAAUAUCUAAGCUCAAUUUCAGACAUUCUGAUGGACACUAUUCAAUCAUUUUUUUCAACUGAUGCACAUACAGUAUGUCUCUUAUUUUUGGCCUUACUUUUUUACUUGCAUGUAAUCUUUUCUUUUUACAUUUCUUGUACUGUCAUUUUUUUGUGCAUUACAUAAAGUGUAUGCCCAUUUCAGUUUGAAUGAAACUUGGUUUAGAAAUAUGCUAUUGUACGUACACAAAAAUAUUUCAAAUCACGUUGUGCACUAAAUUGCCUUCACUUCCCUUGGGACUCAGGAAUCAAGGCAGGCUUAGCGUAUAAAGCAAACAAGAUAAUUGACUAGGAUUAUAUUAGGAAACAAAUCAUUUAGUAGACAACAACGUGAUACACAACUGAGAGAGUUCUUUCUCAGACCUCAUGUCAUUGCAUACACUGAGAAAGUUGUUUUUAGAUGGAACAGUCAUAUGUCUGAACUUGACGUCAUCUUGGUUGUAGCUGUCCUCCGUCCUAAUUAGUCAAAUGAGGGUCCAAUUUGGUUUCAGUCCACUUGAUGUGAACUACUGAACUGUUCUACACUUUACACUGAUCUCAGGUCAGGAUUUUAGUUAUGAAUCAGAAUUUUUUAGAAGUUUAUCUUUACACACUCAAGAAAUUAUUUCUCUCAGUUCUUAAGCUUUAUCCUUUACUUGUUCUGUCUUAACUUUACCUUUUAAACAUUUGUAUUGCCCUUUUAUUUUUAUGCCUUUAUGUACUAUUAUUCUUUGCUUUUGUUUAUGUAAAGCACAUUGAAUUCCCCCUUUGUAUGGAAUGUGCUAUAUAAAUAAACUUGCUUUGCCUUG